CGCACAGCUACUGGGUCCUCUUCACAACUCUACAAUGGGAAGUUCACCAUCAAAACCUGCGUCUCAGGCGCCAUCUCACGUUUGGCAAAGCGAAACUCCCGUCCGCUUCUCCCAAGAGCUCGUCGACUCUCUCCAGAGUAGCACCGAGACCGACUCCACCCGCGCCAACAUCCUCGAGCUGCACGUCCAAGCCCGCGUGGCCGAAGAGCUCAAGCGCCUCCAAGCACGCGAGUCCUCCAUCCUCGCGGCCCUUCUCGAAGCCGAGAAGAACGAUUCCGCACCCGAUGCAGCGACCUCGGCCGAAUUGAGCGCAGGUGACACCCUUCGUGGCCUAGGGCGCGAGUCGGUGACGAAGGAUGUAGCUAAGCUGCGGGAGAGGCUGGAGCAGCGCAAGAAGAUGCGUGAGGUGGGGGAGCUGGAUGAGGAGGUUGAUAGGGCGAGGGGAGAGGUGGUGAGAUGCUUGAGGGGGAAUGAUACGAGGCCUUUGGAUUGCUGGAGGGAGGUGAAGGCGUUUAGGAAGGGGGUGGCUAGGUUGGAGGGGGGGUGGGUGGAGAAGGUUGUGAGAUAGAGAGGGGUGGGGUGUAUUAUAGAGGGUGUAUGACGGGACUGACUGACAAAAUCAUGGUGGCAUGGACACGUGGGUAGGAGCUUUAAGAUAGCGAGUAUAGAAUUCAAAAGAUCAAUAUCCUCUUCUUGUGCCGGCCAGAUCUCGGCAUCUCAUGACAUCGUUUUGGCUCUCUUAUCUCGGAGCCUCUCACCUCGGGAGUCGCGUUUUGAGGUCAUAUACUUCUCUUGGUACUUGUCAGCACGGCUUGCCUUGCACCAACGCAAGGAACGAAACGAAACGCCAAGUGUUGAAACAUGCCGCGACCAUUAGGUCGCUAUGGCCGAUCGGAUACUGUUAUAAUAUAGCUGACUAUAAGAACUACAGCAGAAGUGGAUUGUGAUUGAUUCACUUUUGCUAGUUUAACACUAAACUCAUAACUGUUAA